CGUCAGCAUAAAUAAAUAGGAAGCCUGGGACGCUCUUGGCUGCCUAGAGGCUCCCAGUGGAGGCCAGCCUGACCCAUGGCACGGAGGCCCAGAGGAGGUGGAGACUCCAAGAGAAGAAUCUCCAGAGCCAGAGACAUGGACCUGGCCUAGCUUCCCACCAGGGGAAACCCAGACAAGCCUGUGCCACCCACCUGUAGGUCCAUGGGUGACCAGGAGAUGGCGCCAGUCUGGGGUUUUCUCCACAUGGCCCUGCUGGCUGUGUGCUGGAGUCCCAGCUUGGUGACAGAAGGCACAGUCCCUCUGGAGACCCUGAGCUGCUACAAUGACUACACCAGCCACAUCUUCUGCAGCUGGGCGGACACCGAGGACGCCAGGAAGUUCAUCAAUGUCACCCUGUACCGCCGGCUCAACACGGAUCGUGCACGGCCCGUGGCCUGUAACUCCACUGGCCACUUGCCCAAGCCAGGCUGCCCAUCCUCCCGCUGUGUCUCCAGAAGAUGUAUCAUUCCCUACGAGAGUUUUGUCCUCUCUGACAAUGACUACUUCUCAUUCCGACCCGACCGGCCUCUGAGCAUCCAGAGCACAGUUCUGCUGGACCAGCAUGUCCAGCCGCCCUCACCCCAGGACAUCCAGGUCAGGAGCAAGGGAGACGAGUUCCUGCUGAACUGGACGGUGGCCCUGGGGGCUGCCCCAGCACCCUGGCUGUCACACAGGGACCUGGAGUUUGAGGUGGCGUACAAGCAGUGGCACCACUCGUGGGAGGAUGCCACCACCCUGCACUCCGAGUCCUCACAAGUCACCCUGGGGCCAGAGCACCUCACGGCCAGCAGCACCUACGUGGCCCGAGUGCGGACCAGGCUGUCCUCGAACUCAGGCAUGUCGGGACGGCCCAGCCCGUGGAGCCCUGAGGUGCGCUGGGAUUCCCAGCCAGGGGACGAGGCCCAGCCCGGCAACCUACAGUGCUUCUUCGACGGGGUCCACAUGCUCACCUGCUCCUGGGAAGUGCGGUCCCCUGUGAUCCACUCCGUCUCUUUCGGACUCUUCUACAGGUCCAGCCUUGGUGCAAAGGAAAAAGAGUGCUCCCCCGUGCAGAAGGAGAAAGUGGGUGACCUCUACACCCGGCACCACUGUGGGAUCCCUGUGGCUGACCCCAGGGCCCAUGGCCAGUACAUCGUGUCUGUUAGACCAAGGACCGAGGAAAAAAACAUCCAGAGCUCAGACCACAUCCAGAUGCCAUGCCCCACCCUCACUGUGAAUAAGGAUGGAGAGAGCUACAGCCUGCGCUGGAAAACCAAGAAAAUGUACUACACGCACAUCGACCACACGUUCGAGGUCCAGUACAGGAAAUCCACAGCCGAUUGGGAGGCCAGCAAGAAAGAGAUCCUGCAAAACGCCCACAGCAUGGCACUGCCCACUCUGGAGCCCGCCUCCAUGUACGUGGCCAGGGUGAGGGUCAGGCCCAACUACGGUGUCUACAAUGGGAUCUGGAGCGAGUGGAGUGAGGAGCAGUCCUGGACCACAGAGACGGUGCUGCCCUUGUGGGUGCUGCCGCUCAUCCUGGCUGGAGUCACCCCCACCUUGCUCGUGGCCCUGCGCUUCUGCGGCAUCUAUGGAUACAGGCUGAACAGGAAGUGGAAGGAGAGGCUGCCCAACCCCAGCAAGAGCCUCCUGUUCCAGGGUGGAAGCGCAGGGCUGCGACUCCCAGACAGCACAUGGGCCGGCGCCGGCAGAAGCCCCCCUUCCUGGGGACCAUGGGGACUGUGUCCUGAGCUGGAGGGGGGACUGAGGGUCAGUGAGGUGUCGCCUCUCACCACAGAGGACCUCCAUGUUAACUACGAUUCACCAUCUGAGCCAGACACCACCCCAGCUGACCCUAGCCUGCCCGCGGAGCAGCCCCCCAGCCCUCCACCUGACUCCCCGGCCCCCACAGGCCACCCUGAAAAACAGAUCUCCAGCUUCGACUUCAAUGGCCCCUACCUGGGGGCCCCCCACACCCGCUCCCUGCCCGAUAUCGUGGGCUUCCCACCCUCACAGGGGGGUGGGAGCCCGAGGCCCCCACUGCCAAGCUCCCUGGAAUACCUGUGUUUGCCCCCUGGGGGACAGGUGCACUUGGUCCCCCUGGCCCAGGUGACAGAGCACAGCCAGCCUGCAAGUGAGGAGCGUCAGCGCAGCCUGGAGGGAUGCGAGGAGAGCCCCUCCCUGGAGUCUGGGAGAGGCCCUGGCCCUCACCCCAUGACCUCCGAGCCAGGGGCCAGUGGACAGGACCCACAGGGCAGCCCGGCAGCUCUGCCUGCUACCCCUGCGUCUCCCGUGGUGGCCUCCGACUAUGUUACCACUGCAGACAUGGCCUUCGCCCUGCCCACAGGGACCACGUCGGUCUCUUCGGCCCCGCUUGUCCCUGUCUCAGACCACGACCCCAGCCUCUGUCCUCAACUUCCCAGCAGGCCUGCUGGAGCAGCCUCAGAGAAGCCAGCGUUUGAGGGCUACGUGGAGCUUCCUCCAGCCACGAGCCACGCCCCCAAGUCCCCUGUGGGUGGUCCUGACCCUCCCAAGCUCAGCAGCCUCACCCCAAACCCAGGGGAGACUCGGGAGGAUGUGGCCCCAAUGUCUCCACAUUCUGAGGGUCUCCUUGUCCUACAGCAGGUGGGAGACUACUGUUUCCUUCCUGGCCUGGGACCCGGUCCUCUCUCCCCUCAUAGCAAGCCCUCCUCCCCAGGACCCGGCCCUGAGGUCGGGGACCUAGAGCAGGCUUGCCCGGCCAAGAAGCCACUGUGCCAGCCCACAGCCCAGAUGCCAGCCAUCCAGUUCUUCAAGUCACUGAAGCAGCAGGAUUACCUUGCACUGCCCCCGUGGGGUGUCAGCAGGCCUCCUGAGGUGUGCUGAGGCCUGGGCCUCUCUACAGAAGGGGAGGCCUCCACACUGAGCUCAGGGGUCGCCCUGCCCCCCUCUCCCCCCCUCCGCCCCGUGUCUCCCCAACUCCAGGAUCUCUGCUCCUGCCCUUCCCUGUCUUGUCUCUGUUUCUCUGUCUCUCACGUGCACAUGUGUGUACACACACGUAUUUUUCUUUGAAGUUAACUUCACUUUAGGUUCUGCGUUGGAGCUUCCGUGCGUUUCCUCUACCUCCCUCUCAGUUUUAAGGCCUCAGCUUUCCUUGCUCGGCUGCACCCUGUCUUUUUCACUGGUGUAUCAGUGGAGCAAGGCUGGGGUCCAAGCCCAGCCCAUUCUGAGUGAGACCUAUGUGGCGUGCUUAAGGGACCCCCCUCAGCUGCCUGGCACCCCCAGAUGACAUGGCUGGCUUGUAGCCGGGCACAGGAGAGAGGGGUGCCAUGUGGGCCCCCCAAGGAUUAGAUCUUGAUAGACAGGAUCUGGGCCAUUCCCUGGCGUCAGGCUGGGAAGUCCUCAGCCCAUCUGUCACGCCAAGAAAGCAGCACGGCAGCGUGUACAGGGAACAUGCUGGAGGCUGCCUGGCCCUCGGCUGGGGCCCUGGGGGUCCUCACGGAGAGAUGGGGGGCCUCUGGGGAGGGGGGCCUCCUUGCCUCAUGUAGUCACUGGUGUGGGUGAUGCCACGUGGUAGCCACGGUUGGGACCUGGCUGGCGGCACAAGAAGAGAGAGAGGUCUAGAACACACUUUAGCGAUGGUGGAGAAGUUGGGGAAACGUCCAGAAAGCAGGAAGGACAGUGAAGUGCUGCAAGAUGCUCAGCUGGCCCCACUGGCUGUGGAGGAGGGGAGGGGCGCUGCUUCUGGCUCUCUUGGGCCUCUGCUUUUCUGAUAUGCAGAGCACGAUGGCAUUGCAUGGGGCUGGUUGGCAUUAUCUGAUUUUUAUUACUUGCGUAGGUUUGUGUAUCAUAUCUUGAGCAUUGGAAUUUUUAUUUUCUUUUUUGUUUUUUGGUUGCUGGACAGAGUCCAUAAAGCUGUUUUUUCUAUUAGGUGCUACCUUUCUCUGGUGCCAUGUUUGAAAUGAUUGGCAUGGGUCUUUCACAGAUGGGGCCAAUCUCCCUUGUGGUGUGUGAUGUAGGUGUCCUUCUGUGAAGGGGCGUGGUCCGGCCCGAGAGGCCCCGCCUCUGCACUGUCAUGGAUGAUCCAUCACUGCAGGGAGCAAAUUUGCAAAGGCCGUCACCACCAUUACAC